AUGGAACAUUUACUCAAUGACAACCUAUUGAAGUAUUUUACCCAGUACGCUUUGAUGGAGGGUAGCACCAGUGCACUGUCCAUUGGUGGACUGAAAAAUUUGCUUCAGAAUCAAUUUGCACAGUACCUGAAGGAUACAUUCUCACUUGAUACCAUAAUUAAAUCAUUGGACAAAAAUAAUGACGGAAGUGUCACCUUUGAUGAGUUUGUGGCGCUUAUAAAAAAGAUAACUGGUACUGGACAGUAA